AUGGAAGUGGUUACUUGCCCACACCUGGCUGCCUUGGCUGGUGUCUGCGACCGACCACUGCCAUGCCAUGUUGCCGCCCGGCAUCCUGCUCGGAACGGCGCUGCUCAAGGAUCAGGCGGGUGCCAGACCGGAGCGCAGGACCCUGCCGUAACCUGCAACGCAACGACCACCACUCAAACGCAGACAAGCACAUCGUCGAGCUCUAGCAGCGAGUCGUCCACCUCAACCACCACCUCAAUUUCAGUUUCAACGACCACUCUCACAAACUUGACAAACGAAACGACUACAACCUGGACAAGCACCACUACGGAUUCGACAACCACAACUGAGACAGCAACGGCGAGCUCGACCACAACCACUACCACAACCACAAGUAGUGCUUCGUCUACAACUACAUUGUCAUCGACAAGCACCUCGUCGACAAGCACGACGAGGUCCUGGACAUCCACUUCAAGCACUGCAUCUUCCACUACAAGCAGCACGUCUUCCACCACGAGCCGCACAACUUCCGUCACCAGCAGCUCCUCGGUAACACAGUCAUCCACUACAAGCACGUCGGUCACGCGUUCCUCUUCCACAAGCUCCACAAAAUCAGUAACAUCUACCUCAUCACGAACGGUCACCAGUAGUACCCAUACUCUGACAAGCACAACCACUCAGUCAAACACAACGACCAGUGGCACCGAGACGUCCAGCAGCACCUCCACCACGUACACUUCGUCGUCAACGACGACGCAAACGGGGUCGUCUUCAACGACUCUGUCGACGACCUCAACAUCCUCAACUUCGACCAUGUCUUCCUCAACAGACACCACCUCCACAGACACCACGACAUCAGAGACUAAGACAUCAAGUACGUCAACUUCUGCUACUGUGUCCGUCACUUCGUCCACAAAAACUGUGUCGACGACGCUGUCCUCGACAUCACUGUCGUCAACGAGUUCCACAAACUUCAACAUUACGCUGACGACAUCCACUACUGCGACAGACACUUCCACGACCACUUCGACAAGUGCCAGUAUCACAUCUAGUACACGCACAACGUCGACAGCAUCAUCCGUGACCUAUACUACCACCACAAGAUCGACGUCCAGCAGCACCACUGUCAGCAGCACAAGCACGAUUUCGAACACAACUGCUACAACUUCCUCGACCACCACCUCAACAACACGCACCGUGAGCUCGUCGACGAUCUCGAGCACAUCCUCCUCCUCCACCUCAUCGACGAGCAGCAGCUCUUCGAGCUCCAGUGUCACCAGCAGCUCCAGCUCCUCGAGCACUAGCUCCACGACGACGACCUCCACAACCACCACCCUGAAGUUCUGCGACACACGCGAUAUCUGGCCAGGCGUGAAGUUCUUCACGGGCAGCUCCUGCAACUCUGUGGGCCGAGGCGGCUUCUGCGAGCUGCUCUUCAUCGAGAUGUGGGCCGAAAGUCUUCAGGAGUGCUACGAGUCCGGCCUGACUCAAUUCUUCUGUCCCAUGGAUGAUGACAUCACGCUGAUCCCCAUGUCGCGGAAUCUGCUCUGCAAGGUCUGCAGCAUCGAGGCCUUCGUGGACAGCGACCCGCGGGCGGGGGUCCUCACAGGCCGCCUGCACUUCGGGCCAAACCAGCGAGGUGGGGAGGCCGACGAGAGCCUUCUAUGGGGCUACCGGCUGACGUUCGUGGAUGCAUGUGGGGCGGAACUAUCAGAGUUUGGUAAGGUUCCAAAGCGCACCUACCCCCCGGCCGUCUGCUGUGAUCCCUGGCGCUACAGCUUUGAUCUGGAGUCCGUGGCUGUUCCUGCUGGCGCAACGGCCAUUCAGAUAAGUCCGUACAAGGAGAAUUGGCAUCUGCUGGGAGGAGCCUCUGUCGGCUUCGUCGAUCUUCAGGUUUCUUCGUCCACCACGACAAGUCAAACUACGUCUUUCACGAACACCACCGCAAGCACAACGACAACCAGCAACAGCACGGUCACGGGCACCACAACCACAUCCACGUACUCCAGCACCAGCUACACAACCACCAGGUCAGCGACAAGCGUCACCACGCUGUCCAGCUCCACCGUUACCACGGUAACUGUUUCGGCCACCACGACGACCGGAACUCUCACAGCCAGCAGAGCGCCGAAGCCGGACGGGUUGAGCGUCCUCGCGCUAGCAGCGCUAGCACUCAUGCUCGCGCCAGUCAUAUGA